AUGGAACCAAUGCUGGAUAAUGAGGGAUUUUUCAGACGGUCCUAUAUUACUAGUGUUGAGCCACCUCAAAGAACAGGACCAGUAAAUGUGGAAGAUAUUAAAGCAGAUCUCUCUACUGAAUUUUCUUUGGUUUCUCUAAGCUCGGACUCAAGCCAGAGGAGCAGUUUGGAGUCUAAGGGACAUAUACAAGUUUGUCUGCGUAUUAGGCCAUUUACAUCAUUGGAAAGAGAGAAUGAAUUCCAGGACUGUGUUUCACUUGAAGACUCAACAAGCAUCAUACUGAAGCCCCCCAAAAACUCUUUGAAUCGACUAAGUGAGAAGAAUGUAGGACAGAUGAUACAGAAGUUCACUUUUUCACGAGUGUUUGGACCCGAAACAACUCAAGAAGAAUUCUUUGAAGGUGCCAUGAGGCAACCAGUGCAGGAUUUCCUCGAUGGAUAUAAUCGCCUCAUUUUUACAUAUGGCGUUACAAAUGCUGGGAAAACCUACACAUUCCGAGGGACAGAAGAUGAUGUCGGAAUUCUGCCAAGGGCCAUGGAUAUGUUGUUUAAAAGCAUUCAAGGAAAGUUAUACACAGCAAUGGAUCUCAAACCCCAUCGAUGUAGAGAUUAUAUAAAGCUGACUAAAGACCAAGUGAGAGAAGAAAUUGCUAUUAAAAAUUCAAUACUUCGCCUAACAAAAGAGGUAGAGAAUCACUUCUUCCUAUACUGAUGAGCAUGCAUAUCUUUAGAUAGCUCAAUGCCUAUAUUGACUUGUAAUAUUUUGUUCUUGGUAGAUAUGGAAGAACUCUUAAAAGACUCGGAACAAUCUAGCACAACUGUGGAAAAUUACAUGAAGUUUUCUGUUUGGGUUUCAUUUUUUGAGAUUUACAAUGAAUGUUUUUAUGAUCUCCUGAUUCCAAUAUCAAAUGACAAAAAAAGAAGAACACUACGCCUUGCUCAAGACAUCAAGGGAUGUUCUUAUGUAAAAGGACUGCAGUGGAUACAGAUUUCUGAUUCUAAAGAAGCUUUUCGACUUCUAAAACUGGGGUUGAAGCAGCAGAGUAUUGCAAGCACGAAACUAAAUGCUUACUCCAGCAGGAGUCACAGCAUAUUCACAGUUAAGGUAUUGAAAAUUGAAGAUUCAGGAGCACCACAAGUAAUUCGAGUCAAUGAAUUGUCAUUGUGUGAUCUUGCUGGCUCAGAAAGAUGUACCAAGACCCGUAAUGAAGGUGAUAGAUUGAAAGAGAGUGGAAAUAUAAACACCUCUCUCCUGAUUCUAGGCAAGUGUAUUAAUGCACUCAAGAACUGUCAACAGUCAAAGUUGCAGCAACACAUACCCUUUCGGGAAAGUAAGCUAACGCACUAUUUCCAAGGAUUCUUCAGUGGAAAGGGGAAGAUAUAUAUGAUAGUAAACAUAAGCCAAUGUGCCUCAGCGUAUGAUGAAACACUUAAUGUGCUAAAGUUCUCAGCCAUUGCACAAAAAGUCUUUGUUAUGGAUGGAUCUGUUCUUCCCCAAGUUCAGUCAUUUGGCCAGAAGUCAUCGCUACUUGACACAAAAAUGCCAAUCCCAAGGAAAAGAACUACUAUCCUAUGGGACAGGAGCUUAGAAGAUGUGAUUGAAGAUGAUGAUGAUGAGGAACAGCAUGUGUCAAGAGAAGAAGCAGUGCAGAAACAUGAAGCAAAUCAAGUUUGUAUUGGAAAAGAAGAUUAUAUGACGCUGCUGAAUCUCAUAGAAGAUUUGAAGAAGAAACUUAUUGCUGAAAAGAAUAAUAAGUUACUGUUGGAACUAAAAAUUCGUGAAGAAGUGACGCAAGAAUUUACGCAGUUUUUUGCUAAACGGGAAAGAGAUUUCAAAGAGUGCCUUUCUCAGGAACGAGAACGACUUGAAGAGAAUUCUGAAAGACGCCUGGAAAUCUUCAAGGAACUUGUAAAUGGUUAUAUUAAAAACACAGAUGAAGGAAGUAAAUUAAAAGAUCGGCCUAGCAGUGAGCAAGCUGGACCUCUGGAUGAAGAACAUAGCAUUGUGCCAGGCACCUACAUUGAUCUUGAGGGCGUUAUUGCUUCUCUGCAGGAUGAUGUUGCAGAUAUCAAAAAGCAAGCAGAAGAAGCACAUAGGUACAUUGGGUGCCUAGAGGACCCACAGAAAGCUAUAGCUUGGCUUGAAAAAGAACUGGGAAAAACUACCAUUGAACUAACUAAGACCCAAGAAGAGCUGACAAGGAAAACCAGGGAACUAAACAAAACUGAAGAAGAGCUGGCAAAGAAAAGCAAAGACAUCGAAACACAGAUGAUAAAAUUAGCUGAGUCAUCUGAGCAGCUUAAAGAAGCAGCUGAGAAAAUGAAUACACAGAAUAAAAGGAUUCAAGAACUAAUGGACAUUGUGGAGCAAAAAGAUGAUGUUAUUACGAGACUACAAGACCUAAUAUCCCUUUUAGAGGAAACCGUAAAAGACUAUGACAACACUGUAACUAGCCUUAAAAGAAUGGCAGAAAAAACCUCUAAUCAGGUGAUUGAAAGCAGCCAAUUCAAGGAUUGUGAGGAUACUGUAUUAGAAGUGGGAAGAAAACGCUCCUUUGAAAAUGGGCCUACUGUGGAAGAAGAGCCACCUACAAAGAAAGGUACAAUUUCUACCAUCACUCAAGAUGGGGCCUCUCAAAAAAACUUGAUUAGUAUUCCAGAAGAGAAACUAAAAGUUGUGAAACGAGAUACAAAAGAGAGUUGGGAACAUGACUCUUUGGAGCAAAAGAGAACUGAAUGUCUGAAAACAAAUGCUUCUGAGAACUUUGCAGAAAUACUAGCACUGAGGGAAAGAACUGAAACCUUGGAAGGUCAGCUAGCUGCACUUGAAGAAAACAAAAAAGAGUUUAGCGAGCAGAUAACAAACUUGCACCUCAAGCUCUCUGCUUCUGAAGAAAGGGCUUCUGGCUUAGGUGAAGAACUUCAGCAGUGUCGAGCUGAUUAUCAGGAGAUUGCUUCCGAAUUGGAUAAACAGAAAACUAUAAAUAGAGAACAAGAAGAAAAGAUUGUUCAGCUAAAUAAUGAAGUAGAAGCAGCAAAACAAAAUAUAAUUGAUAAAGUGUCACAAAUUAAAGCAAUGCUGACCAAAGUAGAUGAGUUGUAUAAAUGUCAGUCGCUAACUGAGUCUUAUGCUAUGGAUAUUGAUUUUGUUAAUCUAAUAGCUUCCUUAGACUCUCAAAAAGGCAAACCAGAGAGAGCUCAAGUGAGUUCUGUAUACAUGCAGUCCCAAACUGCUUCUUCAGAAGAUCAGAGAUGGGAGGGCUCCUUUCACAGCAGUGUUGAAAGCAUUUGGGAAGAAUGCAAGAAUAUUAUAAAGGUUUCUUCACAAAAAAGUCAGCGGAUUCAAGAACUACUUCAACAAGUUGAAGACUUAAAGAAAGGACUUGAUGACUCUGAGAAUUGUAAUAAUCAACUGAAAAUAAAAUUAAAUGAAAUUGCAAAUCAAGAUCAUCAGUCCUCAAAGGAAAAAGAACUUAUGAGUCAGUUACAAGAACAAAUCCAGAAGAAAACAGAGGAUUUUGAAAAACAGGCUGCAGAAGAUCACAGAGUAAUUGCACAGUUUGAGGAGGAAGUUACCACCUACAAAGGAAAAAUAAGAGAGCUUGAAUGCCUAUUGGAGGCUUUCAGAGCUAAAGAUGACAGCAUAGAAAAGUUAGAAGUAGUACUCAAAGAAAAAGAAUCUAUUAUUUUAAAUCUAGAAACUAAUACAGCAGUUCUGCAAGAGAAAUGUGCUAAUUCAGACCAAAAAAUUAAAGAACUAAAUGAUAAAGAAGCAAGUCUGAAGGAGGAAAUUGUGCAGUUGAUGAACAGUUUGGAGAACGUGAAACACUGUCUUCAGGAGAAAGAGAAAAAUGAGGAUGAACAAAUACGAUCUAUAGAAUUGCUACAUAAAGAUCUUUCUGAGAGUUCCGCCCUUGUACAGAGUUUGAAGGAAGACUUACAGAGGGAAAAGGAAAAAUAUACAGAUUUGAAAGAGAAAUUUUCUGAUGCCAAGAAACAAAUUCAGCAAGUACAAGAAGAGGUGGGUACAAUGCGAUCUGAGGAGAAAUCACUGAGGAACAAAGUUAAUGAACUUCAGAGAAUUAAAAACCAGCUUACUGAAGAAUUAGAGAGCAAACAGCGCACAGUUCUGCAACUUAAAAAGCAGUUGAAUAAUGAGAAGCUGGAAGAAAUCUCCAAAGAGUAUGAGAAAACAUGUAAAGAUCUGUGUGCAAAGGAAAAAAUAAUUGAAGAUAUGCGGAUGACAUUAGAAGAACAAGAACAGACACAGAUUGAACAAGAAGAAGUGAUUGAAGCCAAACUAGAAGAGACCAACAGAUUAGUUUUGGGUAACCUAUGGAAAGGGAAUAGGGAGGAAAAUGAGGCAAAGUAUCAAACUGAUAGAAAGAAGUGGCUGGAGGAAAAAAUGACACUUAUACAUCAAGUAAAAGAUGCUGAGAUCCUUCACAACAGAGAAAUGAGAAAAUUUGAGGAAGAAAGAGAACACCAUGUAAAGCAACAAGCAGAAAUUGAAAGACUUGCUGCAGAGCUGGUAGAAAAGGACAACAAUCUUCAAAAGUGGCGUGAAGAAAGAGAUAAAUUAGUAGAAGCUUUGGAAGUACAGCUCAAGACUUUGGCUUCUAACACCACACAAAAAGAUAAGGAAAUAGCAGAACUGAAACAGGCUGCACUAAAGGAUUUGGGAAAGGAAACUGAUAUAGAAGAACUAAGAAAACAGCUGGCUGAGAAAGAUGACUUUAUAAAGGAGCUGAAACAACAGAUAAACCAUGAAAGUCUUCAGUCUUUGGCAAAAGUACCUUUGCCUGAAGAAGGACAAGAUGAAAUAGAUCAGUCUGUAAACAAAGAGGACCAUUCGGAAAUUGUCCUUGACUCGUCUGAAGUGUCUACAGAAAAUGGAAAAACUAGUCGGUUCCCAAAACCAGAGAUGGAAAUCCAGUUCACACCUUUGCAACCCAGUAAGAUGGAGGUGAAGCACCAGGGCAGCACCAUACCAGUUACAGUUAAAAUGCUCAAGCCAAGAAAGAAAAGAAAAAGUGAAGAGAUGGAUGAGGAUUUUGUGAAAAGUGAGAACAGAAAAAAUGCAAAACCUCCUAUGACUAAUUCUCCUUCUCCAAGCAACAAGAAAAUGAUGUCUACUAUGCAGCUUAGAAAACCAUACCCCUUAAGAAAGCAAGAAUCCACUUCAAGUAAAAAGUCUGCUAAAAAGAAAGAUGGAACACUACAAAAAAUUGGAGAUUUCUUCCAAAGUUCUCCUACUAUUAUUCAGUCUAAAGCAAAGAAGCUGAUUGCAACAAUAAGCUCUCCUAAUUCUGCAGAACCAGAAAGUGUCAAAGAAAAUGAGCUCAAGCCAAAAAGAGCUAAGAGAAAGCUGUAUUCAACUGACAUUUCUUGCCCUCUAGAUAUCCCUGCUUCUUCGAUCCUUAUAGAACAAAAAGAGAAGGAAAGCGAUCAUCUAAUCAUCAAGCGACGGCUUCGAUCAAAACCAGCUAAAUAA